AUGACGAGGAAGGGGAGGAUUUGGUCGAGUAUGCUGAUAUUCCGGCACCGAACUCGGUCGAGCUGGAACAAAACCCUGAACCAGAGCUCGAUCGAGCUGAAGAAACCGAGAUUCAGAAAGACAAACCAGAGCUCGAUCGAGCCGAGAAGGGAACAGACAAAGCAAGCUCCAGCCAACCAACUAAACCUGUUGCAAGGAAGAAAGAUACUCCAUCAGGACCACCACCAUACAAAUGAUAUAUCCAUAUCUUUCAUGUUUUUAUCAAGGUACUUGGAGAUGAAUCACAACACCAACAUCCACUUUGGGAACCGGACACUGAUCCCACACGAUCUCCACGGCCGGAUUUACCAAGACCCAGCCGUAACAUCGUGCCACAUCCGUUCCCUCCCAACCAUUGAAUAG